CGAAGGUCGGGGAGAAGACUGGUAGACAAGCCUCCACUCAUGAACGUUAGCUCUUGUAUUUUCGAUUUGUUUGGUAGAGCCAAUAAAUAAAGAAAAAUGGCGCAACAAUUCCCAAAGAAACAAGUUAAAACUUGCUUCCACAACAAACCAACAUAUAGAUUCCGUAUUAGAUCAAUUACAUUUACACUGCAACCAACAAAACUCAAACAACACCAAAGAGAGAAGAAUGUUCUGAGGAAUUACUCAGUAUAGAAAGAAGAGAUUGUAUAAUUUUUAUCCCAAGAGCUUUGCGAUUUCUUUCUUUCUUUCUUUCUUUCUUUCUGGGGAGAGGGGAUUAAUUAGGAUGGCUUGGUGUAUUAAGCCAACAAUGCUUGAAGAUUUGGCAAUUGUUAGUGGGUUGAUUAUAGGUCAAUUUCUGUACGCAGGUAACUCAAUUUUGAUGAGUUACAUUAUGACCCUUGGUAUUAGCUCUCUCUCCAUUGUUAUUUUCUCAACAUUCGCCACUUUCCUCCUCCUCUCUCCUGCUGCUGUUUACUUUGAAAGGAAAAAAUGGCCCCAGAGAUGGAGUUUGAAGUUGAUUUUCCAGCUAGUUUUAAUAUCUAUUGCAGGGGUAACUUUAUUCCAGACUCUGUUCCUGAAAGGCAUUCAACUAACUUCACCAGCAAUGGCAACAGCCAUGCCAAACCUUGGUCCGGGACUCAUUUUUGUCAUUGCUUGGACUGUAAGGAUGGAAAAAGUUGAUCUAACUUGUUUGCACAGCAAGGUCAAAAUCUUAGGAACAUUGUUGUGUGUUAUAGGUGCACUUAUUAUGGGCCUAAUGCACAGCACCACCCCAGUAGAGGAGGCCGCCAACAGAACAACAUUAGUCUCAUCAGCCAUGAUGUUUGAUAGGGAAAAGAUCAUUGGUUGUAUGUAUCUCUUGGCAGCAGUGUUUGCUUUAUCAAGCAAUGUUGUCUUGCAGGCCAUGACUUUGGUGGAUUUUCCUGCUCCGAUAUCUUUGUGUGCUAUCACAUCAUUGAUUGGAGUGGUAAUAACAGCUGCUGUGCAGUUUAUUCAAGAACAUAAAUUGGACUUUGAUUGGGAAUUUAGAUUUCCAUAUAUCGCUUGCUAUUCUUUGCUGGUGGGUUUCAUGGGUGGAGCAACUGUAAGCUUCAAUGGAUGGGCAAUGAAGAAAAGAGGGCCAGUUCUUGUGUCCAUUUUUGGCCCCAUCUCAACAAUAAUCUCAGUUGUCUUCACUGCAGUUACGGUAGGAAACGCCAUUGACAUUGGAAGUUUUACUGGCAUGAUUCUCAUGUUCUGUGGUCUCUACUUUGUGCUGUGGGCUAAAAGAAAAGAAGCUUACUCCGACAGCUUAGAUGGUGAGUUUGAUGCAGAGAAACCUCUAUUAAGUUAACAUCAUUUGUACUUAUGUUCAAGUUUAUUGAAGUAAUAGAUAUAUAUAUCAGUUAUGUACAAGCAUAAUUGACACAAGAUAUUUUAUUGAUUAUGAAUGUUUAGCUUCUAAUAA